AUGCCAUAUAUUAGUUUUGAAGGAAAAGAAAUUACGGAACUCUUGGCACAAGCGGUCUCCAAUGUGUCCAAGACGGCUAAGAAGAAGACCUCAAAAAGGGAAGGUGAAGAAACGGAAAAUCCUACGGAUUAUGUUGAACCAGAAACACCUCUGGGGGAGAAGAAACAGCUCUCCGUAAAAUGGCAGACUUAUAAUCCAAGUGCUGUAGAGAAAUCGUGGUAUGCAUGGUGGGAAAAGUCCAAUUUCUUCACUGCAGACCCAAACAUCUCUAAACCUGCUUUUGUGAUGGUCUUGCCCCCCCCAAAUGUGACUGGUGCUCUCCAUAUAGGGCAUGCACUGACUGCUUCCAUCGAGGACACAAUUAGUCGUUGGCGGAGAAUGUCUGGAUACAAUACCUUGUGGAUCCCAGGGAUGGAUCAUGCUGGGAUAGCGACCCAGGUUGUUGUGGAGAAGAAGAUCAUGCGGGAGAGGAAUCAGACUAGACAUGAUAUUGGUCGGGAGAGCUUCAUAUCUGAAGUCUGGAAUUGGAAGAAUGAGUGUGGGGGUACAAUACUGAAGCAAUUACGUCGCCUGGGUGCCUCACUUGAUUGGUCUCGUGAGUGCUUUACCAUGGAUGAGAAAAGGUCUAAGGCUGUUACGGAAGCAUUUGUUAGGCUGGGCAAUGAAGGUCUUAUAUACAGGGCUCCACGUAUGGUGCAUUGGGAUUGUGUCUUGCGUACCGCAAUCUCUGAUAUCGAGGUUGAAUAUGCAGACAUCAAGGAGAAGACAUUUCUGAAUGUUCCUGGAUAUGAAGAGCCUGUGGAGUUCGGGGUGCUGACAUCAUUUGCUUACCCCUUGGAAGGUGGCCUUGGUGAAAUUGUUGUGGCGACCACCAGAAUUGAAACUAUGCUUGGUGAUACUGCAAUUGCUAUACAUCCUGAAGACAAAAGAUACAGUCACCUUCAUGGGAAAUUUGCUAUUCAUCCAUUCAAUGAAAGAAAGCUUCCAAUAGUUUGUGAUGAAAUACUAGUAGAUAUGAACUUCGGGACUGGUGCUGUUAAGAUAACUCCAGCCCAUGAUCCUAAUGAUUUUGAGGUUGGACAGCGUCACAAACUUGAAUUCAUUAGUAUUUUUACUGAUGAUGGGAAAAUAAAUAGGAAUGCAGGUGCAUACUUUGAAGGAAUGCCUCGUUUCAAAGCUCGUGUCGCUGUGACUGAAGCUUUAAAGGAAAAGGGUCUCUACAGGGGUGCUAAGGAUAAUGAGAUGCACCUUGGGAUUUGUUCAAGAAGCAAUUGUUAGGACCGAAAAACUAGGUGUCAUGCGGAAGCUAGCAAAACAAACCUUGAACGACGAUAAA